CCUGCGCAAAUCGGGCGGCGGAACGAAGCAAAUUCCGAUGCAUGCCGGGGGCGACCUCCAUUUGUCUUACUGGCCUGUCUCUGUUGGGGAGAGGAUCUCACCGAAUGCGAGCAAUGCAGCACAACUCUUUGAUAAGGGGUGGCGUCCCAACGCGGCCUUCUCUUCCCUCUCAACAUGCUCAAGACAUACCCGACGACCUUUUUGCUGCCAAAGCGAAUAAAGUCGGCCUCUCUGGCUACACGUUGCGAUCCCGACAGCGCUCCCGUGCAGAUCAACCAUAGCAGUGGCCUCUCGACCGACGCCUCUUUCUCCCCGCAAGAGGACCCCCGACAACCUAUCCUCCUCGCCCGCCACCGGACAAUGUCGCAGGCCAAUACCGACAGCGCGCCGCGACCCCAGCGCACGACGGGGGCUUACUUUCCUCUCGGUUACAAGGAAGCUGCACAACAAUGGUGGACGAGUAUAUCCUCCCGCCAGGCCGAGCGCAAUGUCCUCUCCUACGUCCCAUUUCUCCGAGAAGCCACCGCUGAGACUGUCGGUUCACAAUUACAAGACCUCGCGAAGAGCGACCCAUUCGGCCAGCGGGUAUGGCGGUCCUCGAUGGUGCAGCUAUCCGGCAAGAACCGCGCCCUAAAUGAGCUAUCGAUUGAGCGCGUCGGUGAAGAAGCCGACGACACCUUGGUGAUGGUUCACGGAUACGGUGCUGGCUUGGGCUUCUUCUACAAGAACUUCGAACCGUUAAGUCGCGCGCAAGGCUGGAAGCUGUACGCGUUAGACAUGCUUGGCAUGGGCAACUCAGCGAGGCCAAACUUCAAGAUCCAGGCCAAGGAACCCAAGGAAAAAAUUGCCGAGGCAGAAGGCUGGUUUAUCGACGCACUAGAAGAAUGGCGCAAGGUCCGGAAGAUUGAAAAGUUCACCUUGCUCGGCCACUCGCUCGGCGGCUACCUCGCCGUCUCUUACGCUCUCAAAUACCCUGGCAGGCUCAACAAGCUCAUCCUCGCCUCACCAGUCGGCAUUCCCGAAGACCCCUGGGCCGUCAACGCCGCCAUGCCCGAGCCCGGGGAAUCCACCAUGGCGGCCGAGUUCACCCAGGACCAAGAAGACAUCGUCAGCGGCGAGCCCGCCGGCGACAACGCCGCCUUCGUUCGCGCCCCUUCGGCCGACAAGAAAUCCGCCGCCUCCAAGCCCGGCACUUCCACAACCCCUCCGAAACGCCCCAUCCCCGGCUGGCUCGUCUGGCUGUGGGACGCCAACGUCUCACCCUUCAGCAUCGUGCGCAUGGCCGGCCCGCUCGGCCCGCGCUUCGUGUCGGGCUGGACGUCGCGGCGGUUCAACCACCUGCCGGCGGACGAGAAGGAGGCGCUGCACACGUACUCGUACUCGCUCUUCCGGCAGAAGGGCAGCGGCGAGUACGUGCUGCCCUACCUGCUCGCGCCGGGCGCGUACGCGCGCAGCCCCGUCAUCAACCGGAUCCAGGACGUCGGCCGCCAGGUGGUGCGGCCCGCGGCGGCGGCCGACGGCGGCGACGGCGCUACCCCUGCGCUCCGCGAGGCCGGCCUGCCCAUCGUCUUCAUGUACGGCGAGAACGACUGGAUGGACGUCGCGGGCGGGUACGCCGCCGAGGAGAAGGUCAAGCAGCGCGUCGUCAAGGCCCUGCUCCACGGCACCGACGACGAGAAGCGCCGCGAGAACGGCAGCGCAAAGGUCCUCGUCGUCCGCAACGCCGGCCACCACCUCUACCUCGACAACCCGGACGAGUUUAAUGAGAUGGUUAUGAAGGAGAUGGAGGAGACGCGGCGGCGGCGGUUGACGUUCAAGGAAUAGGUGGGCUACGCCGACGGGGUUCGGGUCUGUCCGGUUUGAUUUGACGGGGGGUGUUUAAACGGUGGUGACGGUGCAUGACGGCGUUGGGAUUGGGGACUGUCGGGUUCAGACAGGACCGACUCGGAGGUGGAAUCUAGUGUGUGGAAUUUAGACUACUACACUGCGGAGAGGUGUUUUCCUCGCGAAUACCAUAAAUAGACUGCGGUCGACCGCUCUGAGAAGUUGUUAGUACAUAGCUGGCGGGAUGCCAAGUAUUCAAAAACGGUUAUUC